CACCGACACCCACACCCACACCCACACCGCCACCCACACCCACACCCACACCCACACCCACACCCACACCCACACCCACACCCACACCCACACCCACACCCACACCCACACCCACACCCACACCCACACCCACACCCACACCCCUACUUAUAACUGCUCUUGGCGUACAACCAUUCAAAACUUUAAUUUCUAUUUGUAAACUAAAGAAACCAACUGAAUGCAGUUGUAAAGAAUUAAUUGAAAAACUUAGAUCAAAUUAUGCACGUGUAACAUUUCCAUCAACUGAACGUAUCAAAUUUUUUUGCAAAACGUCAAGAAUCUUCACAAACUCUUACAGAUUUUGCAAAUGAUUUACGUGAUAAAUCAACAACAUGUAAAUUUCCUUCAAAUUUCUAUGAAGAGGCGUUAAUAACUGCAUUUGUUGGUGGUUUACAUAAUGAUCAUGUACGUAAGCAUUUGAUGCAACGAAAUCUACAAACUUUUGAAGAAACGAUCAACACAGCUAAAACAAUUGAAUCAAUUUUAAUUGAAGGUUCAAAAAUUAAAAACAUCCCAUCAGAUGAACUUAAUCUUAAUAAAAUUACUCAACAUCGUAAACAACAUACGAAUCGUUAUCAAAAAUCAAUUUGUUUUAGCUGUGGAUCUACUGAUCAUCCACGAUCAAAAUGUCGUUUUCGUAAUGCUACCUGCCACAAAUGUAAUAAGGAGGGACAUAUUACUAAAGUUUGUCGUUCAAAAGCAGCUUCAAAUCAAUUCAAGGUAAAUACAAUAUUUUCAGUAUCCCAAAAUUCAUUUACAGGUGAACAUGCUAUUCGAAUUCCUAUCAAAGUUGAUGAUGUUCAAGUUAAUUUUGAACUUGAUACUGGUUCUCCUAUAACAAUUAUAAAUAAAAAUGUUUGGGCAAUAAUGGGAAAACCAAAACUAAAUCCAGUUAAAUUAACUUAUAAUAGUUUUUCAGGUCAUUCUAUUCCUAUUAAAGGUGAAAAGAUAGUAAAGGUGAAUUACAAUAAUCGAUCUACUGAAUUAAAAGUUAUUGUUGCAGAUAAAAAUAGAAAUAAUAUUCUCGGUCGCAAUUGGAUUAAUGCUUUACAUUUCAAUAAUCAAACAUUAGAUGAUAUUAUUUCUAAUUCAUCAAUACAAAAUGCUAAUGUUGAAUUUAAAAAUCUAAAUGAAUUAUUUAUUCUUUAUGAUGAUAUUUUCAAAAAUGGUUUAGGUUGUUGUAAAGUAAAAGCCCAUCUUCAUGUAAAACCAAAUGUUAUUCCAAAAUUUUGCAAAGCUAGAUCUUUACCAUUUGCUUAUCGUGAAGCUGUUGAAAAUGAUCUAAAUCGACUUGUUACUGAAGGUGUUCUAGAAUUGAUUACCGUUUCAAAAUGGGCUGCACCCAUCGUGGUGGUACCAAAGGCAGGUGGUAAAGUUCGAAUUUGUGCUGAUUUUAGUACUGAUGUUAACCAAGCAUUAGAUAUUGAUCAAUAUCCACUACCAAAACCAAAUGAUUUAUUUGUUGCACUUAAUGGUGGAACACUAUUUAGUAAAAUUGAUUUUUCUGAAGCUUAUUUACAAGUUGAAUUAGAUAAUGAUAGUAAAGAACUUUUAGUCAUCAAUACACAUAAAAAAAUUAUGGAUCAAAUGUUAUCAGGUCUGGAAGGUACAGUGUGUUACUUAGAUGAUAUUAUUGUUACUGGCAAAAAUAAAAUUGAUCAUUUAAAUAAUUUGAAUAAAGUAUUUAAUAAAAUAAAAGAUUAUGGAUUUCAUAUCAAUAAAGGUAAAUGCAUAUUUCUAAGUAAUUAUGUAGAAUAUUUAGGUUUUAUUGUGGACAAAAAUGGUGUUCAUACAUCUCCAUCAAAAACAAAAGCAAUUGUCGAAAUGCCUAAACCAACUAAUAUUUCUCAACUACGUUCAUUUUUGGGAAUGGUUAAUCAUUAUGCUAAAUUUAUUCCAAAAUUAUCAGAUCAAUUAUCACCUUUUUAUUCAUUAUUAAAAAUAAAUACUCCAUGGAAAUGGAAUUCAUUUUGUGACAAAAAUUUUAAAAAGAUUAAACAAUGUCUUACUUCUCCACUUGCAUUACCACAUUAUGAUCCUUCUCUACCAUUAGUUCUAGCAGCAGAUGCGUCUAAUUCAGGUGUUGGUGCAGUUAUUUAUCAUCGUUAUCCUGAUGGUACAGAAAAAGCUAUUGCUCAUGCAUCUAAAACUUUAACACCUACUGAACGUAAUUAUGCUCAAAUCGAAAAAGAAGCACUAGCUAUUAUUUAUGGUGUACAAAAAUUUGAUCAGUUUCUACGUGGUAGAAGAUUUACACUUCUUACAGAUCAUAAACCAUUAAUUAAAAUUUUUGGUCCAAAGAAAGGCAUUCCAACAACAUCAGCUAAUCGUCUUCAACGUUGGGCUCUUCGUUUACUGGGAUAUGUUUAUGAUAUUGAAUAUCGUUCAACACUUAAUUUUGGUCAUGCUGAUGGACUUUCCCGUUUACCUAUUGGUCCAGAUAAAGAUUUUGAUAAUCAAGAUCCAGGUGAAACAAAUGUAAUUGCUUCAAUUCAGCAAGAUUUACAACAAGAUUUACCACUUAGUGCUGUACAAAUUGCUAAAGCAAUUCAAAAAGAUCCAAUUCUUGUACAAAUUCAUAAAUUUAUAUUAUCAGGUUGGCCAUCAUCUAUUUCUAAUAAUUUUCAACCUUAUUAUAGAAUUCGAAAUGAACUUUCAACAUCAUCUGGAUGUAAUAUCUGGCGUCUCCGUACAAUCGUUCCUAUUUGUUAUAGAAAACAUCUUUUAAAUUAUCUUCAUUUAUCUCAUCCAGGAAUGAUACGUAUGAAAGUUUAUGCUCGACGUUAUUUAUUGUGGCCAUCCAUCGACAAACAAAGUCUAAUGACAAUCAUAGUUAUUGUCAAUAUAUCACAGAUGUUUAUCUUUUUGAAAAAAAAUAUGGAAUCGAAGAAGACCAGAAAAAAAUGA